AUGCGUUUCACUCCUGUUUUCCUGAUGCUCGCGAGCGCCAUUGGCGCCCUCGCCGCACCCGCCGCUGAGCCCGUGGAACUCGAGGCGAGAGACGAGGGCAUCACUAUUAAGAUUUGCUCCAGCAUCAACAUGGGCGGGAACUGCAUUUCCCCUGUGAUUUACAUCCAACAUGACUGCCACAACUUGAACGGUAGUCCCGUCAUGGACAAUGUCAAAUCCGUUCACAUUCCUAACGGCUACCGCUGUCGCUUCUGGCAAUCAACCACAUGCAAUGGCGGUGGUACCGGUGAUAUCCAAGCCGGUGGUAGCAACGACAUCACCGCGGGCUCGUUGAGCUCUGUCAAGUGUUACAAGAACUGA